CCGGUUAUGUAUCGCUUAUAUCUCCAAUAAUUAUCACUUUGUAUCCAUACCAUAUUACUCACUGCCUGACACAAGCCAGACCUGUACGACUGGUCUAGUAACCGCUUGGUGCCGCCUGUGGCAGAAACACGGAAGAAGAAGAGUUUAUUCAAGGCGUUUGGGGAUUCGCGCGGACACAUGUACACGAGUUUCUCCCGGUAAACAUGCUCCCGUGACGAUUCUCCAAUGCGCCCUCGCGUUUUACUCUCAUUCGCAGCGGUUUUAAGCGGAGAUGCCUGGAAACACAUUACUGCAUGGACUGAUUCUCUUAUGUUCAAUUCAUCCGCUUGUGCUCGCCGAAAAACCGGAUGAUGGCUGUGGUCAUUAUGUCCUUGGGCAAGAGAGUGGUGUUCUGUCCUCCGAGAACUACCCGGGAACUUACCCCAACAACUCCUGGUGUGAAUGGCGAAUCCGCGUACCAGUUGGCCACACGAUUGUCCUCAAGUUUGGAGACCUGAACAUGGAGAAGAAGGACUUUUCCUGGGAGUACUGUGGUGGUCUGAUGCCUAAGCCUGGACCGAUUCACACGGACUCCAGCGAACUGACCGUUCGCUUUCGUAGCAGCCAGCAUAUAUCUGGAAGAGGAUUCCUGCUGUCAUACUCCACAGAAAACCACAAAGAGCUGCUGACAUGCUUGGACAAAGGCAGUCAUUUCCCGAGGCAGUCUAAGUACAGGUGAGAAUAUGUCUGUAGGAUAGAGAAGCCAGGAAAAUGUUACACUUACACAAGCUGGCUGAUAAAGCUUCAUAUUUUUUUCAGUCUUAUAAAAAAAAGUGUGCGGGUCAAAGACCAAACAUUUUUUAGAUCUAGAAAAAGUAUGAAGUUUGUUGAUUCGUUUUAACAUUAAUAUACCUGCUGCGCUGGAACAUUAUUUCACCCAUAUUUUGUCAAUUAAUUUCCACAAAAGUUUUUAAACAUUAAAGUACACGAUUUAUUAGC